AUGCUGGUGCGGAAGGGCGUUUGCGCGGAGCGAUGCCUUCUCGCGCCACCUCAAUGGCUGUACAGCAGGAGAUAUCAGCAGAGCGCCACCCCACGACAAGCCGGUUUAAACACACCAGGGCCCUCUAACGGGGACGAGGACAUUUCUUCUCCUAAGACAUUGACGACACCUCAAGCCCCAGCUCAGCGGUCGGUCGCAGAUAGCGAUGUGUCGGUAGUAAGGGCUACCGGAAGUUCGCCCGGAGGCUGGGUUGAUCGGCUUGACGGUAACUCGUCUUGCAACGUGGAACCGGCGCCAUUUGUGCAGGAGCUUGCUUCUGUCAGCAACUUGUCAUGGGAUUUCGACAUGUCUUCUUUGCCCGAGCUCCCACCAUUUCUUGUUGAUGGUGCGUCGGAUUUCAUGCUUGAGCAGGUUGAUCCGCAAGCCUUUGAAUCCUCCACCAGGAGGCUUAGCAAACCUAGCUUGAGUUCUCUGUCGCUGGAGCAACUGGAUCCGUUGCAGGCAAAAUGCAGCGCGAUUCAGGCCCUCCUUCGAGGGCCAGGGCCUGCGUUGCCCGAGGAAGUUGUGACGAAAUCAAUUAACCGAGAUAAUUUGCUGCAGGCGUUGCAACUCUUCGGCAGGAACUUUCAACAUCACGUCCCUGUUCUCCAUGCUUCCAGCUUUGACCUAGCGACAGCGUCGCCACUGCUCGUCCUGGCGAUGUUCGUCGUAGGGUCUUGCUACGCUGAUAUCAUCCGACCGGCAAAGUAUAUGUUCUCAAUGGCCAUGCGAGUCUUGGUACAUGUUGAGAAGCAACAACACGAGAUUGACAUGGGUGAGCCUCCACUGUCCUCAAUCCAAGCGAGCAUCGCCGCAUGUUCAGUCCUGGGAAGCUCGCAAGAUGAAACUGCCCACAUGGGCUUUCCAUUGUACUUUGCACGCACCAUUUCUAUGGCGAGACGGGCCGCCAUUUUCGAGGCAACCCCCCCGGUAGAUUACACGACAUUAAAUGAGCAGACGUUCGACUGGCAAUUGUGGAUUGAGCGUGAGACACGCAUUAGAAUCGCCAAUGUCUUGUUCUGUCAAGACAUGGCCAGCUGCAUUUUCAUGGGCACAGCGCCGUCCUUCUCCCCGCUCGAUCUUGACAUCGAGCUUCCUUGUUACGACAUAUGCUGGAACUCUCGAUCUGCCCAGGCAUGUCUUCAGCAUUUGCAAUCUGCGCCUCCACAGCGGCGACUCUCGUCCACGUUUUCCCAGCUGCGAAGUGCAUCAUUCUCGCCUGAGCGGCAUGCUCAGUUCGAAGUGUCAGCUUUCGGGAUGUUCACAUUGGUAACCGCCCUGCAUUGCCUCGUCUGGAAGGCAAUUCACUACGACUUAGAUCACAGUUUGGCCGUUGGUCGUCAAGAUAUAAGCCUUCCAUCAAGGUUCGAGAACCUAGACCGCGAAGUUGCCAGCGAUUUCUCAGGCCCCAACAUCGUCCAACUGGCGGCACGAGUCGUCCGCCUUAGGAACUCGAAUACUUUUGAUGGCAUUAAUCGGAUGCUCGAUGAAUGGCUCGCCGUCUGGGAGAGAAGGAACUGGCACGACGCCGACUAUGAGAACCUUGCCUUCUCACUGGAUCCAAUGCCCUUCUGGUGGCUGGCCAAGUUAUUCGUGCUUAUUCACUGCGGAAAGGACUGCUUUUCCGCUGACAGCGAAUUAACCACGGUUAACAAGACAGGAGUGUCUUUUCGAGACAGUCAUUCCUCGCAGGUGAAGAUCUUCCGUUGGUUCGCUAAGCUACGGCAGAAAAAGUCGGCAGACCCGGUCCAAAAGGUAGAGUCGCUGGCAGGCUUGAUGGUUCCGAUAUAG